CUCUCUCUUCCUCCCUCUCACAUUCUCCAACCCAAAGAGACCAGACAGAAGGACGUGGUCACUCUGAACGGUUCAACCCAAGAGACAAAAUGCAGUGGGCCUCCAUCCUGCUGCUGGCAGGGCUCUGCUCACUUUCCCAGGGCCAGUAUGAUGAAGACUCUCACUGGUGGAUCCAAUACCUCCGAAGCCAGCAGUCCACCUACUACGACCCCUAUGACCCUUACCCCUAUGAGCCUUCUGAGCCUUAUCCCUAUGGAGUGGAGGAAGGCCCAGCCUAUGCCUACGGCGCACCACCCCCACCGGAGCCCCGAGACUGCCCCCAAGAGUGCGACUGCCCCCCCAACUUCCCCACAGCCAUGUACUGUGACAACCGCAACCUCAAGUACCUGCCCUUUGUACCCUCCCGCAUGAAGUAUGUCUACUUUCAGAACAACCAGAUCUCUGCCAUCCAGGAAGGUGUCUUUGACAAUGCCACCGGGCUGCUCUGGAUCGCUCUACAUGGCAACCAGAUUACCAGUGACAAGGUCGGCAGGAGGGUCUUCUCCAAGCUGAGGCAGCUGGAGAGGCUAUACCUGGACCACAACAACCUGACCCGGAUGCCAGGCCCACUGCCUCGAUCCCUGAGAGAGCUCCACCUGGACCACAACCAGAUCUCACGGGUCCCCAACAAUGCUCUGGAGGGCCUGGAGAACCUCACGGCACUGUACCUCCACCACAAUGAAAUCCAGGAAGUGGGAAGUUCCAUGAGGGGCCUCCGGUCCCUCAUCUUACUAGACCUGAGUUACAACCACCUCCGAAGGGUGCCCGACGGUCUGCCCUCUGCCCUGGAGCAGCUGUACCUGGAACACAACAAUGUCUACACCGUCCCUGACAGCUACUUCCGGGGGUCACCCAAGCUGCUGUAUGUGCGGCUGUCUCACAACAGUCUCACCAACAACGGCCUUUCUACCAACACCUUCAACUCCAGCAGCAUUCUUGAGCUCGACUUGUCCUACAACCAGCUGCAGAAGAUCCCUCCCGUCAACACCAACCUGGAGAACCUUUACCUCCAAGGCAACAGGAUCAAUGAGUUCUCCAUCAGCAGCUUCUGCACGGUGGUGGACGUCAUGAACUUCUCCAAGCUGCAGGUGCUGCGCCUGGACGGGAACGAGAUCAAGCGGAGCGCCAUGCCGGUGGAUGCGCCUCUCUGCCUGCGCCUCGCCAGCCUCAUCGAGAUCUGAGGGGCCUCGCCCAGGCUCCGGGCUCCGGGCUCUGGGCUCCGGGCUUCAGGCACACGUCUUCUCGCCACCCCGCUGCAUUCGGCUUGAAGGUCUGGUUUGGCUUUUGCUGGACGGUCUGGGACAGGCAUGCGACAGAAGUCCACAUGAUCUGAUUUAAGUCUCCUUCCAAUAGGCAAAGUUAAGUGGGAUCAGGGUCCCAACCAACUUCCACAGAGAACAAAAGUGGCGGCAGAAGGAGUGGCCAUGGAGUCCAGUCCCCUUCCCCACAAAAUCUUACUAUCCCUCAACUUUCCCCUGACCUAGUCAGCCUUAGUAUUACGCUGCUUGGUCAGUAGCAUAUAGCCAUUUCCAGACAACCUGACUCUGGGCUGUGUGCAAAGCAUGGCCGGCUGGUUCUGCAAGUUGCUCUGGGCUCCUAGUCAUUGCUCUCAAAACAUACCUCUUGGCCAGCCUCCUCCUCCUCGGCCCAACUCAUCCACUCUUCCUUCUUUUGCUGAGGUCUCUUCUAUGCCUUAGACAGUCGGGAGACACCCCACCCCCACCCCAAGGCCAGUGGUUAGCUGUUCCGCAGCCUGUGGAGAGGGGCCACACUAUUGUCUGAGGUUAAAGAAUGUCUAAAAUCACCGCUACACCUCCCUAACCUCACCUGGUUAAAGCCACCAAAUCAGAGGUCAUCAGCAUAAUGACGAUAGUCAGGGCUUGGUACCAGAAGGCAUAACUAGCUCUGUGAUGGAGGAUCGGAUUUCAGAGGAGGGAGGGUUUGAGUGGCUGUGAUCAGUAUCCAUAAUGGAGUGGGGAAAGGUCACCCCUCAGACUAGAAGGACAGAAGGGGCAGCCUCCCUCUCUGGUUUUAUCUGACCCAAAAUGAUCUGUGCUCCUUCUUGGGCUUUUUGUCUUGAAGGGGCAGCAGUGUGGUUUUGAAAAUAUGAGAAAUCCUCCACCCAUCCUUUGAUCCAAGGAGGAAGGCUUGGUACACAGAUGGCAGAGGCAGACUCCACCAGCCCUAGACCCUCCCGCUAACCCAAACUAGGGGUUGAUCUCAGUACCUGGUUUGUCCCUCAGGCAAGAGUUUAAGGUACCAGCUCUGCUGCAAACGCUCACUGGGGUGUGGGAAGCCCAAGCCAGACAGCCAAGCCUUCUCCUCACUAGGCAUAGCUUCCUUUGCUUUCACUUGAUGGAGCCACACCUCAUGUCGGAAGGUGCCUGUGAUGUGUAGCUUGUCUGAGAGUAAUCCUGUCUUCUCUUUUCUAAAAAUGGUGUUGCCUGGGUUCAGCCCACAGGCUCAUCUGCCCCCCCUCCCCCGCCAUACACACACGGGGAUGGAGCCAUCUGGGAAGCCAGCAGCAAGGACCAUUUGAGGGGUGUUAGCCCGAGUAGGGUCCCUGCCCAGAUGCCUUAGACCCCUGACUCUGGGUGCACUUGGAAGCAAGCUUUUCUGAAAAGGGCAGAGGAGGGGGAUUGCUUAGAUUGUGUCCUGGGCUCCAGAACCUGAAAUCCACAAAAGCCAAACCAGCUCGUUUCAACCAGGAAGUGCCGCUUGCGGGGCAGGGCUGACCUGCCCAGGGCUCUUGGGAAGCACCUGCAUGCCAACACCAUCAUGUUCUAUAGAGGGUCCUCAGCAUGGACAAGCAUGAGUGGUGGCUAGCCUGACCAAUAAAGUUAUUUUAUAAGUGCAUCUGCAAGGGUGGAGUCAUUGGUCG